AUGGCUUCCAUCUCGGUCUUCGGAGCGCUGACAAUGAUCAGCCGACGUGCUCGCUCGGAGCUUUGCUCGACAAAUGCAGGUCUGCUGCUCGGUGCAAUCCCCAAUCUCCACGCGCUAGACCGCAUCUCGAUUGUGGCCGUGGAGGGAGCAUUCUGGCAUGCGGGCCCGAGUCGGGGUUUCUGGGCGCGACCCCCUCUCCUCCUGGUCUCGUUGGUCUAG